AUGGAAACUGUGGUUCUUGAUGAAGAAUGGGAUUCUUUGAGCAGAAUGUUCUCCGGCGAAGAGGCCAAUUUUGUGAUGCAGUUCCAUGGCCAUGACCUAUUUCCAAAUGGCCAUGGUGAUGGUUUGAGCUAUGGAACUACUACAACUUUUUGGCCCAUUGAUGAUGAAACUAAUACAAAUAUCAUUGGGGUUGAUGAGAGUUUACUCUAUUCUUCUGAUACUCUUAACACUUAUAACGUUCACUGUUUUUCCCAAGAAGGUAGCAAUAGCUGUGACAGUAAUGGUGCCUUCUUUCCCAUUCUGAACCAUGAGAAUCAACUCCUUAGUGAUCAUUCUAAUUUUAUUCCAGUAACAACUAACUCACCUGAAGCUAUUGAUUUUUGUAUAUUGGACGACCAAACCAGCUCAUUAGUCCCCGUUUUUCGUGAUGAUGCCAUGGAAGACAUUCUUUCCCUGAAAGAAGAGUUUGGUACUGACAAAUUGGGGACUGUACAGAGUCAGCCGGAGGCAAAUUCUGAUUCAGGCAAGGAAUCAGAGCUCAAAAGGAAAUCUGAGAUGCCAGAAUCCCAGAAUUCCAAGAAGAAACCUGGAGUUUCCAGAAACGCACAGAAAAAUAAGAAGAAUGCACCAUCAAAGAAGAGCCAGAAGCUCACUUUGAGUGGCAAUAAUGAAGAAGAGACUAAUACUGGACCAAAUGGACAGAGCUGUAGUUGUUACAACUCUGAGGAUGAUUCUAAUGCUUCCCAGGAGCUAAAUGAAGGAGUAAAUCCCGAGUCGAAAGUUUCGUUAGCUCUCAACUUGGAUGGGAAGACAAGAGCUAGUAGGGGAUCUGCAACUGACCCCCAAAGCCUCUAUGCAAGGAAGAGACGAGAGAGAAUAAACGAGAGAUUGAGAAUCCUGCAGAACCUUGUCCCAAAUGGAACAAAGGUUGACAUUAGCACAAUGCUUGAAGAGGCAGUUCAUUAUGUGAAGUUUUUGCAGCUUCAAAUUAAGUUACUAACCUCUGAUGAUCUGUGGAUGUAUGCUCCUAUUGCUUACAAUGGAAUGGACAUGGGUCUCUACCAGAUGAUUUCUCCUACUCUAUAG